GACAUAAACCCAACACACAAAAAAACCAUUAAACUGUAUAAUUGAUGUUACGACAUAAACAAGGUUUUUUAUUGAAUUAAACAAUAUAUUUGAAAUAAUAAGUAAAUGUAGCAACAUUUAUAUAUAACAAAAACACAUUGAGUUGCUCCUAGUAGUAAUAAACGUCUGAUAUAUCGUCGAAUAAAUUUGGAAAUUAUAUGUAUACAUGUAAUGCGAUAUUUUUCAGGAUGUUAACUGGAUUUAACCAUAAAUACAAUCCGCUUAUGUUUGACAUUUAUUUCACGUCAUAUACAAAGGUUAAAAUUCCAGCAAAAGUCUACAUAUUUUCUGAUCACCCCUCGAAUACAUGUUUUCUGAAUUUAAGUCAACCCUUUACCUCAUAUAUACGCGAAACAACACACUUUCGACCCCCCCCCUUUUUUUAGGCCUGAAAUAGUGAAAAAUGUCCUAUUUGGGCCCCAAACACAUGUUUUCGUUUGAGAAAUGUUGCUAAAAAAGUGAGCACUUUUUCGGCGCCGCCCCCCAUCCAAAAGAUACAUCAGAAGGUUGCCAGAAGGGUGAUGUGCCCCCUUCUGUUUGGGGGGUUUGAAGGGGGCGGAGUCCCCCUCAUCGUCAAGAAAAUUUUGGACUUGUGAGAGGCUUAAAAUGACCCCAGGUCGAUCAUAAGGUAACGUGUAACCAACGCUGAAAAGCCUUUGACUCUAUUCCAAUCCCUUGAGAAGCUGCAGCACUUUGAAAUAAAUUUUGAUGGAAAAAAUCGAGGCAAAAUAGUGAUUUUUGGCAAUUUUGAGAUGUCCCCUCGUUGCCAUGGUAACAGGAAAUUAAAGACUGAGCAUGUCGUUACAAAGGCAAUGGUCCAGUCAACAUUUGUGCCAAGUUUGAUUAGUAUUUAAGCAUUUUUCAUAGUUUCAUAGCAGUUAGAACUUGUAAGAGGAUGCUUUUCAGUGAAAAUGGCCAUUUUUCACAAUAUGCUCAUGGGGGAAAGGGUUAAAUAUUGUUUACCCAUUUAAGCAAAACAAUAAAUUGUAUGUAUAAGUUGCACUGCACUAGAAGUUUUUGUGUAUUUAACAGACAUUUGUAACAUUUCGCAACAAGAGUAUUAUGUAUUUUAGAGAUUCUGGAGUCCAAUUACAAUGGUGAAGAUUCAACCGAAAUAAACAAACCUCAUGAUGACGAUGAACUCUGGCUACGGACAAUAGAAGACAUUAGAAAAUUAAUUGAAUCGGGAAAGCUGCCAAGCCAAAGUGUACUUGACGAAAUGUGUCAGCAUUUCGGGAGGAACUCCGAAGAGAUAUUUGUCACAUGUAAGGCAAUUUGUGAACAAAUCAAAUCGAAACAUGUCGCUAUUGCAUAUGUUUGGGCUGCUUAUACAAUUCAAAACAAGGAUAGAAUAAGUUUUGUAAUUAUUCAAAAGCGCCAAUCAGAAGGUGACAAUAGUAAAGAGCCUCUACAUUUAGAAUUUGCAUAUUCAUUCGUCAUCCAAUACGUUGGCGAUUUUAGCACAGAAGGCUCUGAGGUAAUAAGGAAACAGACGUCAGUUUCAGAAGGAUUAGAUGAAAUGUCCUAUCAAACACUUUAUAGCUGUAUUUCAAACCACUCUGAGGAUUUGAUGAAAAGACACAAAUUCUUAUCCAUUAUAUCUGCAUGCUCAAAUCGAUCAAAAGGAUUUGGUGUUUCAUGGAAUUUGCUGCCAGAAAAAUGUAUUGUCUUUUACGUCCAGAAAAAGAAUUACAUUCCAAUCGAUGAAGAACCUUUUGAAAAGUAUUAUGACGGUAUUGCUGUCGAUGUAAGAGAAGGAGUCUUUAUUCCCUAUGGACGUACAGCUAGAGUAAAGCUUGAUCCUGUAAAGAUGGGUUGUCAAAUACGAGGCGAUAUUUAUAAUAGUCAAUAUGUCGAAGGUACCCUUGGCUGUUUUGUAGACCAUCCUCAAUUUGGAGUUUGUGGAUUAACAUGUGCACAUGUUCUUUUAAGCCCAGAUGAGUUGCAGCAAUUAAAAACAACUUAUAGCGGUUCCUUGAAGUGGCCAUUGCACGAUAUGCACAAAAAUGUUUUUCAGCCUGCCGAUCUGAAUUCUUCUUCAAUAGGACACACCGUUCAAUUUAUCUACGAAGAAGGUUCUAGCUCAAAAUCUGGAAUGGAAGUGGCUCUGUUCAAAAUCACAGACAGACAACCCAAGUCUGCCGAUUUUCCUGUUCCGACAAUUAUUUCGGCAUCAAGCGUAAAAAAUAUUCAGUACGACGGUUGGCGCUUAUGUAGCACAAACAGGCUUAAUAACAAGAAGAAUAUCGUGACAAAAUUUGGAUCCAAAACCGAGUUUCGUCAUGGAACUUUAACGUUUGACAAUACCGCAGUUAAAAGUCUUGAAAGCUAUCCACUUUCUUUUGGAUAUGCAGUUAUAAAACUUUUCAAGCAAAUUGAAGUUAAAGCAUAUGACCUGGCGUUUGCUGGCCAUGGCGAUUCAGGGGCCCUUGUGUUUCUUGCUGACAACAAUUCUCAACAUACAUGUAUAGGGAUUGUAGAAGGAGGUACGUCUUACGGGACGGCUGUCGUCACUCCAAUAGUUCCUAUUUUGGAAGAAUUGAAAGUGCAUUGUUUAAAAAGUUUUGAUUCAGAAACAAAUUUGACAAAUAUAGAAAACCAAAUUCAAAGCAUGCAUGGUGAUAUUCAAACCAUUAAAUGUAACUUACAAAAGAUUGAUAAUAGUCUUCAGAUGAUCGCACAAUCUCUUUCUAAUAAUCAACAAUAGCAAAUUAUCAAUUUAAACAGAUUUGCGUUUUAAAGAUCUACAGGUAUACAUUAAUAUAAUUGUUUAUUAUUGAAAUACGCCAGUAAAAUAAUUAUAUUUACCUUUAUAUCUUUCUUGUUCCAAGGGAAGUUAAUACAGAACAUAUUUACAUAUUAUACUUCAUCAGCUUUAAUUGUAAGAGUUAAUUAACUAUUUGAAGUCUGAGUUGUUUGUAACAAUUCUCAUACUAAUUUGCUUUUGCAGAAACGGUUCCGCAUUUACA